GCACCCGCGGAGGGAGGGCCGAGGGCUUGGCGUGGCGGCGGCGACUUUGGCGUCCGCGAGGCGCCGGCGCAGAGUCAGGAUGCGGCGGAGCCCCCGCCCGGGCUCGGCCGCGUCCCCGCACAAGCACACGCCCAACUUCUAUAGCGACAACAGCAACAGCUCAGUGAGCACCACCUCGGGGGACAGCAGCGGCCAUCGGUCAGCUGGGCCGGGGCCCGGGGAGCCCGAGGGCAGGAGAGCCCAGGGCUCGAGCUGCGGUGAGCCCGCCUUGAGCUCAGGAGUGCCCGGAGGAACCGCGCGGGCCGGAAGCUCUCGGCAGAAGCCGGCGCUGCGGAGCCACAGCGCGCCGACCGCCGAAGGCGCGGCAACCGUGAGGGGCGGGGCCUCGGAACCGGCUGGCUCUCCCGUUGUCUCUGAGGAGCGGUUCAACCUUCUCUCGACCCUGGAUCUGAGGCAGGAGAUGCGGUCCCCGCGGGUUUUCAAGAGCUUCCUGAACCCACUUUUCCAGGUGCUGAGCGUGUUUUUAUCCCUGCUAGGAGAGGUGCUGGUCACUGUGUACAGGGAAGUCUGUUCCAUUCGCUUCCUGCUCACGGCUGUGUCACUGCUGAGCCUCUUUCUGACAGCACUCUGGUGGGGUCUCCUGUACCUGGUCCCUCCUUUGGAGAGUGAACCGGAGAUGCUGACUAUAAGCGAGUACCACGAGCGCGUGCGCACCCAGGGGCAGCAGCUGCAGCAGCUGCAGGCCGAGCUGGAUCAACUCCACAAGGAGGUGUCCAGCGUUCGCGCAGCCAACAGCGAGAGAGUGGCCAAGCUCGUAUUCCAGAGGUUGAAUGAGGACUUUGUUCGAAAACCCGACUAUGCGCUGAGCUCUGUGGGAGCCUCCAUCGACUUAGAGAAGACAUCCCGUGACUACGAGGACGCAAACAGCGCCUACUUCUGGAAUCGCUUCAGCUUCUGGAACUAUGCGCGGCCGCCCAUGGUUAUCCUGGAGCCAGAUGUGUUCCCUGGGAAUUGCUGGGCUUUUGAGGGCGACCAGGGCCAGGUGGUGAUCCGGCUGCCGGGUCGUGUGCAGCUGAGCGACAUUACCCUGCAGCAUCCUCCUCCCAGUGUGGCACACACCGGGGGGGCCAACAGCGCCCCCCGCGAUUUCGCAGUCUAUGGCCUCCAGGUUGAUGAUGAGACGGAAGUUUUCCUGGGGAAAUUCACCUUCGACAUGGAGAAAUCUGAGAUUCAGACUUUCCACCUACAGAAUGACCCCCCAACUGCCUUUCCCAAGGUGAAGAUACAGAUUCUAAGCAACUGGGGUCACCCCCAUUUCACAUGCUUGUAUCGAGUCCGAGCCCAUGGCAUGAGAACCACGGAGGAAGCAGGGGACAGUGCCACAGGGGGGCCCAAUUAAACAUGCUGAUUGUUAAAAUAGAGUGGAGGUCUGUGCUGAAAGAAGCUGGAGCUGGAUCAGUGCUGGAGAGUCUGUUGGGAGCUCUGGUUGCCUUUGGUAUAUAAAUAUGAUAGGGGGUCUACCUCCCAA